AUGCUUUUUCUCGUUGCUCAAUUCGUUCCGGCUGUCGAUCCUUUUCUCUUUGGUCAGCCUAAAUUGGAAUGCAAACCCUGUAUUUGUCAUCCGGAGUGUCACUGUGAAACAAAAUGUGUACAACAGCAGAUUAUGAAAGAAUGUAAUCUUGGUGUCGAUAGUCAUAACAUAUUUGCAUCACAUUAUACACAAGAAAACCGAACAACCCGAUUAAUUUUACUUUUCUCAUUAAUCAUAAAUUUUCUUCUAACACUUCUCUUGUUAUUUCGUAAAACUGUAUGCAACUGUUAUCGUGAACAUCAAUUACAAAAACGACAACAAAAACAGAUUAAACAACAAGCGGCUGCUCGUCAACAAACUGAACGCUAUACUAUCGCGUUGAAACAAAUAAUCACACCACAUGCCGAAAAAUGUCCACCAAAACAAAGCGAUCCUCAUACAACCUCGGAUCAACCACUAUUUCAAUUUCUCUCCAACUUAAAUAUCGAAGACAGCGUAUGA